UAUACAAAGGAUACAUUUGUUUGCGGAUAAAUUAUUCAAUUACAAAGAGCACGAAGCAAUUUGACGAGGGUACUGUAAAGAUCAGUGAAGCUACUCGGUUGCUUCUUUCAAGGCCAGCUUGUCAUGGUCUGGCAUCUUCUCUCUCAUAUUCACACAUACACAUGAAAAACACUCUUUUAUUAGCUUUCUCUGUAUCUCUCCCCUCUAAAGCCAGAUAAAAGAAGGAAAAAGACAAUUGCUUUCUUUUGCAUUUCCAAUUCUUUGAGUUGGGUCUAUAUAAUUAGAGCUUUUGCAUCCUUUCUGUGCGUCCCCAUCUGCAUUGUUUCAAGAAUCUUUGUCGAAAAUUAUGCGUUUUGGUCUCAUAGUUGAAGCAUAGAAGAGAGUGCUUUUAUUCCUAAUUUCCGAAGGAAUUAUGGAAGAGAGCUUUGUACCAUUCCGAGGAAUCAAGAAUGAUCUCAAAGGGAGAUUGAUGUGUUACAAGCAGGAUUGGACGGGUGGUUUUAGGGCAGGCUUCAGGAUUUUGGCACCCACCACAUACAUAUUUUUUGCAUCAGCAAUUCCAGUUAUUUCAUUUGGAGAACAACUAGAUAGAGAAACAGAUGGGGUUCUCACAGCAGUUCAAACAUUGGCUUCUACUGCACUAUGCGGAAUUAUACAUUCCAUUAUAGGAGGUCAGCCUUUGCUGAUCCUUGGAGUCGCAGAGCCCACUGUAAUUAUGUACACAUUCAUGUUCAAUUUUGCUAAAAGUAGAUCUGAUUUGGGAUCAAAACUCUUCCUGGCAUGGACUGGAUGGGUAUGUGUUUGGACGGCGCUCUUGUUGUUUCUACUGGCUAUCUUAGGAGCUUGUUCCAUUAUCAAUAGGUUUACUCGUAUUGCAGGAGAACUGUUUGGCCUUUUGAUUGCCAUGCUUUUCAUGCAAGAAGCUAUCAGAGGACUUAUUAAUGAAUUUCGCAUACCUGAAAGAGAAAAUCCAAAGUCAAUUCAGUUUGAAUCCUCAUGGAGAUUCGCAAAUGGAAUGUUUGCUUUAGUUCUUUCAUUUGGACUUCUGCUGACUGCACUAAGAAGCAGAAAAGCAAGGUCUUGGCGCUAUGGUUCUGGAUCUCUUCGAGGCUUUAUAGCAGAUUAUGGUGUACCAUUGAUGGUGCUGGUUUGGACAGCUGUUUCCUAUAUUCCAUCAAAAAGUAUUCCAAAAGGAAUUCCAAGGCGUCUUUUUAGUCCAAAUCCAUGGUCAACAGGCGCAUAUGAAAACUGGACUGUCAUGAAGGAUAUGCUAAACGUACCAGUUCUCUAUAUAGUUGGAGCUUUCAUUCCGGCAACAAUGAUUGCAGUGCUCUAUUAUUUUGACCACAGUGUAGCGUCACAGCUUGCUCAACAGAAAGAAUUUAACUUGAGAAAGCCUCCUUCUUUCCACUAUGAUUUACUUCUUUUAGGAUUCAUGGUCAUCUUAUGUGGUCUUAUUGGGAUCCCUCCAUCAAAUGGUGUCAUUCCACAGUCUCCCAUGCAUACUAAGAGUUUGGCGACAUUAAAGCACCUAUUACUUCGUAAUCGACUUGUAGCAAUUGCACGCAAAUGUAUGAGUGAUAAUUCAAGCUGGGGACAAGUGUAUGAAAGCAUGCAAGAAGCCUAUCAACAGAUGCAGACCCCAUUGAUUUAUCAGGAGCCUUCUGCUCAGGGAUUAAAGGAAUUGAAAGAUUCAACGAUUAGGAUGGUCUCAAGCAUGGGGAAUACUGAUGCGCCGGUUGAUGAGACAGUAUUUGACGUUGAAAAGGAGAUUGAUGAUUUAUUACCCGUUGAGGUGAAAGAGCAGCGGCUAAGUAACUUGCUUCAAGCUAUAAUGGUAGGGGGAUGUGUUGCAGCCAUGCCUUUCAUAAAAAAGAUCCCGACCUCAGUUCUCUGGGGUUAUUUUGCAUUCAUGGCCAUUGAAAGCCUACCCGGUAACCAGUUCUGGGAGCGGAUAUUAUUGCUUUUCACUGCUCCAAGCAGGAGAUACAAAGUGCUGGAGGAAUACCAUGCCACUUUUGUAGAGACUGUGCCUUUCAAGACAAUUGCAAUAUUUACAAUUUUUCAGACUACGUACUUGCUUGUCUGUUUUGGCAUUACAUGGAUUCCAAUCGCUGGGGUUCUUUUUCCUUUAAUGAUCAUGCUUCUGGUACCUGUGAGACAAUACAUUUUGCCCAAGUUCUUCAAAGGAGCUCACCUUCAGGAUCUGGAUGCUGCAGAAUACGAAGAGGCUCCAGCUAUGUCUUUCAAUCUAGCAACUGAGGUAGAGAUGAGUAGAUCAGCAUCAUUUGCAGACGAUGGAGAAAUUUUAGAUGGGAUGAUCACUCGAAGCAGAUGCGAGCUAAAAAGCAUCCGCAGCCCCAGGCUAACAAGCUCCACUUCUACACCAUCCAGAGAAUGCAAGAUCAUUCAGAGCCCACGGUUUUCAGAUAAGGUGUAUAGCCCUCGAGUGAAUGAACUAAGAAGGCAGCUAAGUCCUCGACAAGGCGGAAGAGGACCCUCUAAUUUGGGAAAAAGUGGUUAGUUGCCAAAUAUUGGUGGUCUUCGUCGUUCAUUAACCAGGAAGAAAGAAUUACAGCCAAGGAUAGUGUAAUGAAUAUGUAGGAAACUUGUAAUGGGAAUUCCCAGUCGUUCGUUUGUUGUUAAUAUGGGAUGGUAAUUGUAAAAUGUCCACCAAACACCAAGAAAUUUGUAAUCGGAAAAAGCCAGCCAGCCAGCGAGCUAAGAAAUUAAAAUAUCAUGUUAUUUCCACUAACUGUCGAGUGUUUGCAUGAGUAGACUUGGAUAUUCUUGAACUUGAAAGAUUGCUUCUCAAUUAUAAAUAUAUCUUUUUCUGUUA